AUGUCGGAGUCAUCAUUGGCCGGGUGGAGCAACUGGAGUGACGCUCUUGUAAUCCAGACACAGGAAGCCGCACCGUCAGCUCCACUUAAUGUUUGGAGAGAAAUUCAUCACAAUGAAAAUGGGCAAAAUGUGAUGGUUUACUGGAAACAUCCUCCAGGUUUCAGUGCCAAUGGACGAAUUUCUCACUAUAAUAUUGAAUGGUGGCCAAUAGAUGGCAAUAUCCUAGCCAACAAAACUAGAGUGUCAGCUCAGCAGAACAGUUACAGUAUGAACCUUGGAAGACAAGCUCAUGCCAUCUGCAUCACUGCAGAGAAUGGGGCUGGUGUGUCUCCAGCUGCCGAGAUAAAAGUCCCAGGAACCAGCGGGAGUGGCAAUGAAGUGAACACAGAGCGGACACAUGGCAGAGAUGGGGAGAUCAAUGUAAUGUGGAGACCAGUCCCUUCUGUGCGUGGAUAUGUAGUAGAGUGGUGUAACUCUCCCAGGUCUUCACACUGUGAUCUUCAAUGGAAGAAGUAUAAUUCUGGCAUCCACAGAGAUGUAAUUCGUUCCGUCUCAUUUCAGCGUGGUGUUAGAUAUGAUUUUCAGAUUUAUGGAACUAAAGAAGAUGGGGAGCACUUACUGGGGAAGCUGACUGGGUAUACUGAGGAAUUAGUGUCGUCAAGGAAGCCAAAAGUGGAAACUACGAAGAUUGAUGCCAAUUCUCUGUCUCUGGACUGGUCUCCAUAUUCAAUCGAUGAGACUCAGGAAGGAUUUGUAAUUGGGCUACACCAUCUAUGUGAAAACUUUAGGAAGUAACUGUGAUCUGGAUGCACCUAAUGGCCACAUAAUUUUAGAUGGUCUAGAAGUCUGCAGAUUUUUUAUCAACGACCCAAAAAUAAUGAAUGCCACCAUCCACCAUCUAAAACCAAACACAGAAUAUCAAGUGGCAGUUGUGGCCGUUACAGGUGGAGGUGAAACUGAAAAGGACUUUAUUAAAGCUUACACACACAAUCUGACGCUGGAGCAAUGAUCAUGUCCAUCCUCCUACCUGUGAUUAUAGUGUCAGUGCUGGGUGUCAUACUACUCCUUGCAGGAUGCUGGAAGAGGGCCUGGUUGAAAGAAACAUGUUAUCCUAAUAUUCCUAAUCCUAACAAGAGCAAGGUCCUGUCCUUCAGUUCAGCAAAGGGACCAACAUGUAUCAAUGUCUUACCAGACGUUAGUGCUCCUCAGAAGGUAGAAUGUGUUUAUGUCCUGGAAAAGAUGGAUAUUGGCCAUAACCUAAAUGAUAACAGAGACCAGCAAACAGAAGUGAUGUAUUCUACCAUCCAGAGACCUGCUAAUACUACCCCUACAGAAACCUCUGAGGAUAUGUACUUCGCUGAACGCCCUCUUAAUCAAACAACACAGGAUCUGCUAUACAAACCACAGUCACCCACCUACCUUGAGUUCUUCAAUGACAACUACAUUGGUACUUCAGAUGACUCGUAUGAGGAGAGCCUUGGAUACAGACCUCAGAUGGGUUCCCUCCAGUUAUAUCAAUCUUCUGGUGAGCUUCCAAGUGGCAGUUACCCACAGGAUCCAGUGUUAGAGUCAGGACAUCAUUUAAGUCUUUCUGCCAUUGAAAACGAGCCAGUGAGUCCAACCUCUGUAAACUCCACUUCAUUCAUACUCAAAGAUUGA